CCGCGCCGAUUGGCUGCGGGGCGGCGGUCGCGUGUGAUGUCCCAGGCGGCGAUUGGCCCACGCCUGGCUGCUCGCCGGCUCGGGGGCUCCCGGAAAGUGGCAGCUGAGGAGGGGGCGCGCUAGCUGUCUCGGUGGCCGGGCGAGAGACCCGGCCUUGAGGCGGCCUCUCUGGGCCGGAAGGGCUGAUCGGCGGACGCAGCGGCGCGGGAGGCUGAGCGUGCGGGACCGGGCGACACCAUGGCCCCGCAGAACCUGAGCACCUUCUGCCUGUUGCUGCUGUACCUCAUCGGGGCUGUGAUGGCCGGGCGAGAUUUCUAUAAGAUCUUGGGGGUGCCUCGAAGUGCCUCCAUAAAGGACAUUAAGAAGGCCUACAGGAAACUGGCUCUGCAGCUUCAUCCUGACCGGAACCCUGAUGAUCCCCAAGCCCAGGAGAAAUUCCAGGAUCUGGGUGCUGCUUAUGAGGUUCUGUCAGAUAGUGAAAAACGAAAACAGUACGAUACUUAUGGUGAAGAAGGCUUGAAAGAUGGUCACCAGAGUUCCCAUGGGGACAUUUUUUCACACUUCUUUGGAGAUUUUGGCUUCAUGUUUGGAGGAACUCCUCGUCAGCAGGACAGAAAUAUUCCAAGAGGAAGUGACAUCAUCGUAGAUCUCGAAGUCACUUUAGAAGAAGUCUAUGCAGGAAACUUUGUGGAAGUAGUUAGAAACAAGCCUGUAGCCAGGCAGGCUCCUGGCAAACGGAAAUGCAACUGUCGGCAGGAGAUGCGGACCACACAGCUGGGGCCAGGGCGCUUCCAAAUGACCCAGGAGGUGGUUUGUGACGAGUGCCCCAAUGUCAAAUUAGUGAAUGAAGAACGGACACUAGAAGUGGAAAUAGAGCCUGGUGUGAGAGAUGGCAUGGAGUACCCCUUUAUUGGAGAAGGUGAGCCUCAUGUGGAUGGAGAACCUGGAGACUUACGAUUCCGAAUCAAAGUUGUCAAGCACCGUAUAUUUGAGAGGAGAGGGGAUGAUUUGUACACAAAUGUGACAAUCUCACUAGUUGAGGCUCUGGUUGGCUUUGAAAUGGACAUCACUCACUUGGAUGGUCACAAGGUGCAUAUUUCCCGGGAUAAGAUUACCAGGCCAGGAGCCAAGCUCUGGAAGAAAGGGGAAGGGCUUCCCAACUUUGACAACAACAACAUCAAAGGCUCUUUGAUAAUCACUUUUGAUGUGGAUUUUCCAAAAGAACAGCUGACAGAGGAGGCAAAAGAAGGUGUCAAGCAGCUGCUCAAGCAAGGACCCGUGCAGAAGGUGUACAACGGACUGCAGGGCUAUUAGGGGUGAAAGAGAUCGGACUCCGGUGACAUAGGUGCAUCAGCGAUAUUUAUUAUCUGCGGGGGCUUUGUGUGUGUUUCGUUAUUUUCAGUAUGCAAGUUCGGCUUAAUCUUUUUUUUUUUCCCUGAUGAUCGUCAUGUCAUGAAUAAGAGGUUUGAGAAUCCGUCUGUUGCGUUCAGACAAGAAUGACCGGCAGAAGGUUAACUAAUACCUCUCCCUCCGGGGAUAUAAUGUCUGGUGCUGCUGCCCGAGGUCCAAGGAGAAACGUCUCAGAGGAUGCCAGAGCACAGGAACCAGAUGAGGGGUUAGAGAGAAUUGUUAGCUAUUUCAAAAUGCAAACUGGAGAAGUCUGUUUUUAAAUACAUCUUGUUGUUAUUUUUUUCCUGGACUCCUGUUUCUUUUCCCUGUGAGUGGAUGGGUGUUCUUCCCAUCAAGCAAGAUGGACACACAGCAUAUAAGGAAUGAGGAGGGUCUAGCCCCAGGCCCCACUAAACACACGGUGUCUGUCUCGUAGCAACAAGCUGGAAGAAACCUAAUAGAUCAGAGACUGAGCUACACGAAUUCAAGUCACACAGAGACCUACUGUCUAAGAGAACACAGUUUCUCGUUUUCUUCGAUAAUAAUAAAAUCUGAUAUGAGCAUU